GCUCCAGUGCGCACGGAUCAGCCUCAGAAUGCGAUGCAGCCUUUUCUUUUCCACCUCCACACGCGCGCAGAGUGAUUAUCUGACGGAACUUCUCCAACUUUGCACCAAAUGACAAUUUCUGUGGGAUUGUGGCAAGUGCGUAAUUUAGUUUUCGUUUUAAGUUUUCCUCUCCUAAAAAGUGGAUAUGAAUAACACAGGCUUUAACCAAACGGACACCGGUCUGUUCAACAAAACAGAUGAGAUUUUUUGCUGUAACUUUUCCUCUGUGGUGACUGACAAUGGCUUUGUUGCGACCGCCCCGGAUGAGAGAAGCCUCUUCAUCAUGCGAGUGGUCCAGAUCGCCGUCAUGUGCGUACUCUCCCUCACCGUGGUGUUUGGCAUUUUCUUUCUGGGCUGCAACCUUCUCAUAAAGUCCGAAGGGAUGAUAAACUUUCUGGUGACGGACAGGAGACCGUCCAAAGAGGCGGAGGCGGUUAUAGUCGGAGCGUACUGACAGACAUGGACCUUUACGCACUCGCCCGGCUGGAUGGAGACGGAGGGGUGACAGAUAAACCCUCUGCGCUGCGUAGACAGCUGUGUUUUUUCACGUUUGUACUUAGCCGUCAGAUGGACACUCACCAUGCAACAGUCAAAGCUGGUGUCUCAAGUGUAUUUCCACUGGCUUUUAAUGCCACACUCGUCUCCAAGAGGUAGAGUGCGUUUUAAGCGUGUGUUUAUACUCAGUCAUGCACUGUCGUAACGAUGGAAGCAGCAAAGCCCUAUACAGUCCUGGCUGCUUGUAACUCUCAUAUUGCUAAUGCAAUGGGGAUCUGUUUGGUUUAACAUGUACUGUGUGUUGUAUGUGUUUUUGCAUACGGCAUACAAAUAUAUUUACUGCCUGUGUAUUUCUUA